AUAUACUGUGAUAUGACCUCCAGGGUCAAAAGUUACAAAGUUGUUGUUGGACGGGUGGGUGAAAUUCCACCAGUUUGUACUUUUGUUUAUCAAGACCAGGUCCGCCAACAAAGCUUUGUCACCACCGUUUCUACCUUCAGCUGCUUCACUGCGAAAGCAAAGAAAACAAUGGCCAGUUGGACCACAUGGCUGAUGACCGUGCUGGUCGGCUUGGCCACCCUGGUGUUGGUCAGCUGGGUGCUGGACAUCAUCAAGCGCCGGAGGAUGCCGCCUGGACCAUUCUUCUGGCCAAUCAUUGGCAACAUCUUCAUGUUUGGAGGCCAGUUCUACCUGACGUUCGUCGAGCUGGGUAAGAAGUAUGGAGAUGUGUUCAGUCUGAAGCUUGGCAUGAGGGACGUGGUGGUGCUCAACAGUCUGGACGUCAUCAGGGAGGCACUGGUGAAGAAAGGGGCGGACUUCGCAGGCAGGACCCAGACUGCGACUGGUGACCUGAUAUCAGAAGGUGGGAAGGACAUUGUGAUGGGUGACUUCAACCCAACAUGGAAACUGCAGAGGAAGCUGUUCCAUGGUGCAGUCAGAGCUUAUGCCACAGGGCGUACCUUAGAGGACAAGGUACAGGGAGCCCUGAAUGACGUCAUUGACGAGUUCUCCAGUCUGGAGGGGAAAGCAGUGGAUGUGGAAGCUCACGUCUUUAAACUGGUCCUCAAUGUUGUCUGCUCUGCCACCUUUGGGCACAGGUAUAAGAUGGAAGACGAGGAUUUCCAGUUUUUGAUGAGGAUGAGCCAAAAGUUUUUUGAGCUCGGGGCCCAGGGGAUGCUGGCUGACAUCUAUCCUUCUCUUGCCUUCCUACCAACACCGAACAACCUGCGAGAUAUCACAGACCACUUUAUCAAGCUUCAGAAGGAGGCGGAGGAAGAGGGAGAUGCGGACAUCAAUUCCCUCACAGACACUCACAUCCGACAGACCAUCGUUGACAUCUUCGGUGCGGCCCUGGACACGACCGUGCAGUCAAUGCGCUGGUCCAUCGUACUGCUGGCUGCCCACCCUGAAGUGCAGGAGAAGCUAGCAGCCGAGCUGGACAGUGUCGUGGAGCGGAACAGACAACCAUCGCUUGCAGACCGCUCUGCCCUGCCGUACAUGGAUUCUACGAUCAACGAGGUCCUGCGGUUUGGGAUCGUGGUCCCACUGUCUGUACCUCACGCCACAACUGUGGACACUACCCUGAUGGGUUAUGAGAUCCCCAAAGGAACUUGGAUCAUGCCCAACCUGUGGAAUGCCGUGCGAGAUCCCGAGAUCUGGGGCGAUCCCAACGUGUUCCGCCCCGAACGCUUCCUGGAUGACGAUGGGAAAGUCUUACCUAAACCAUCUGCACUCAUGCCUUUCAGUGCUGGUCGCCGAGCCUGUCCAGGUGAACCCAUGGCCAGAGCUGACAUCUUCCUCCUGCUGGCAGGACUGGUGCAGAAGUUCAAGUUCAGCCUGCCGGAGGGAGAGGGGCCGCCCGACCUCGCCCCAGAUCCCAAGGGCGCGGGACUCUUCUGUAUUGCCUGUCCCUACAAGGUGGUGAUGACCCACAGGAAGUAAUUACCUAUGACCCAGGAAGUGAAUGGUUGUGACCAAGAGAUGUUGUACUCUUUGUUAUCAGUUAUCAGUAAUGUUAAGAAAAUUUGUGCCUUUGGCUAUGUAUUAUAUCAUGGUUACAAAUUGGAGCUGAAAGCCUUUAGAAGUCUAGAAACUCAAGAUUUUUAACCUGAACAUUUACAUUUCUUAAGAAAGUUAAUAAAAAUUCAAUAUGUGAACAUUCCAUCAACAGUGAAGAAUCAAAAUUAAGAGAGUGUAAGAAGAUAUGCAGAGACCAUGAUUAAGUGCAAGACAAGUCUUGUUGAGAUGGCAAUUUCUAGGGUUGUUUUUUUCAAGGUUUGAUUGAUUUAUGCAGAGUCAAGUAAAACCCUUAGAAUACUUGAUUUUUUUAAAAGGAUAUUAUCUAAAUGGAAUAAAGGUAUGGUGUGAUCCUGUGUAAAGGUAACUGUACAUAGAUAGAGGACAGGUUUACUUCUUAAAUGUCUAGUUAAGAUCUUGAAGUAGGUAUUUAAUACCUGCCAGAUAUAAAUUAACGCCACUUGCUGCAUCAACACAUGAUCUCCAGAUUGCAGUUACCAGGCAACAGAGGUUUGAUUGACCUUGGAGAUCUCAGAAGUAGUGUGAAAAGAAGGACAUCUAUGUGUGUGACCUUGCCAGUGUGAAUACACUGGACAUAGCUGCUUGGAAUCGUGGUGUGAAGACUAGCCGACUGCUGCCUACCCGUGUCAGGGAUCUCAGCAGCAGUAUAAUCAAAUAAUGGAUACUACUAAUAUUAAUGAGUAUAGCAAAAAUCUUUUGGGAUUGAGUAGUUGCUUGCAAACAAAUCUAACAAUUUUAGUCAAUGAAUCUCUAAAUUUUAAUCAAUAGGACUCACUUCAUGUUACAUACAGUAUCAUAAAGUUGUAUCAAAUCAGUAAGGGAAUGUGAUGUUAUUGUACUUAGGUUAUCCAUUGGAAAAAAUAUAUUGUCCUAAUCUUGCCAUGUAGGGGAAUAUAAAAUCUACUGCGACCAAACCAACUCUGUAUUGUUUGUAUUGUUUAUGUGGUUAACUGAAGCAAUAUUUUUUAUUCAGUUUGCUGAUAUAGCUAGGGUGAAGGCUGAUGUUAUGACUGAUACAUAUGGGCAAAGUAUAUGUGUAUGGAGAGCAGUCUUUAUUUCCUUUGCCAAGAAACUUUUGUAAAAGUU